AUGGCACCACGAACAUUCAAAAAAGCCGUCAUCGCCGUAAGCGGGACGUUCCCGGGCUACAAGCAAGCCGAUCUGAAGGCUAUCGUCGAGGGACAAGGCGCUACAUUCACCUCUACAGUCUCAGAGGGCUGCACACAUCUAAUCACAACGCAGAAGGAGGCCGAAAAGGGGACGGUGAAGUACAAGCAAGCGCGUAAUGUUCCUGGGUGCGAAGUUGUCUCUUUGGAAUGGCUGUUGGACUCACAGAAGGCCGGGAAACCACUUGCUUCAAAGACGUAUCUUUUGACUUCUGGAGCUGCGUCCGUGGAACAGGAUCAGAAUGGAGGUGCUAGCACUAGUGCUACUGCUACUGGCGCUACCACUGCUUCCAAGACGAACAAGAGGAAGCUUGCUGAUGCGAAUGCUGAUGCCGCGGAUGGCGCAGCGGAUGUGAAUGGCGAUAGCAAUGGCGAUGAAGCGAAUAAGAAACAGAAGGAUGCGCAGAAGGCCAGUGCCAAGUCUCUGAAUGUUCCUGUUGACGAAGGAUGCACGAUGCCUGGGUCGGUCUUUAUUGAAGACUCCGGGCUGAUCUGGGAUGCGACGCUGAACCAGACGAAUUCCGCGAAUAACAACAACAAGUUCUACCGGAUUCAGCUGUUGGCUGAUACCUCCGGGACAACCUACAAGACGUGGACGCGAUGGGGCCGUGUCGGCGAGUUUGGAUCGUGCGCACUGCUGGGUGAUGGGACGUUGCAGAGAGCAAAGGCCGAGUUUGAGAAGAAGUUCAAAGACAAGACGGGUCUGAAGUGGGAGGAUCGGCUGAGCACGCCUAAAUCCAACAAGUACACCUUCAUCGAGCGUAACUAUGAAGAGUCGGACGAUGAAGACGACAACGCGGGCAAGAUGGAUGUUGACGAAAAGGGCGAUAAGAAACCAGUCGAGAGUACCCUGCCUCAGGCAGUGCAGAACCUUUUAACCUUUAUCUUUAACCAGCAGCACUUCCUGUCUACUAUGGCGUCCAUGUCGUACGACGCACAAAAGCUGCCUUUGGGCAAGCUGAGCAAGCGGACCUUGACGACCGGAUUCCAGAUUCUGAAAGAUCUGUCUGAACUCGUGACCAAUCCUACCCUGGCAAGCUCGAGAUACAACACUACGUUCCAGGAUGCCGCGCAGGAUCUCAGCAAUCGUUACUUCACCACCAUUCCGCAUGUGUUCGGUCGCAAUCGGCCUCCUGUUCUGGCUACAGAUCAGCAGAUCAAGACCGAGGUUGAUCUGCUGGAAGCACUGACCGACAUGGGUGUUGCCAACGAAAUCAUGAAGGAGUCUCGGGAUGCCGAGAUGAUGAACCAGCUAGAUCGCCAGUACCAGGGCCUGGGCAUGCAGGAAAUGACUCCACUGAACCGUUCCUCCGCUGAAUUCCGUGAACUCGAAGCCUACCUGAACAAUUCUCGCGGCUCGACGCACCAUCUUCGCUACAGCGUCAUCAACAUCUUCCGCAUUGAGCGCAAAGGGGAAGAGGAUCGAUUCAAGUCUUGGUGUUAUUCGAAUCGAACGAACAGCAACCGCCGUCUUCUCUGGCACGGAUCCCGCAGUACCAAUUUCGGUGGUAUCCUAAGCCAGGGUCUUCGCAUUGCACCACCCGAGGCCCCCAUGUCAGGAUAUAUGUUCGGCAAGGGCGUCUAUUUCGCCGACAUGUCAAGCAAAUCGGCAAACUACUGUGUGCCCUACAACAGCGCCAACAUGGGUCUGCUGCUCCUCUGCGAUGUCGAGCUUGGAAACCCCAUGUUCGAGCAGUAUCAGGCCAACUUCAAUGCAGGAACGGAUGCGAAAGCCCAAGGCAAGAUCGCGACGCUCGGAAAAGGGCAGACUGUCCCGGCGGGAUGGAAGGAUGCAGAAUGCCUCCAUCCGACGCUCGCAAGGGUACAGAUGCCGGAUGUGUCCAAGUCUACGAUGUUUGGCAAUGGUAGUCUGAUGUAUAAUGAGUACAUUGUGUAUGAUGUUGCGCAGAUUCGGCAGAGGUACCUUUUCCAUGUCCAUAUGAGCUGA